AUGGAUAAGUCAUGGAUGCAUGCUGAUAGAAGAUCAAAGAAGUUUGAGCUAGGAGUAGCAGAGUUUCUCAAGUUUGCCGAGUCUAAUGCCAAUAACAAAAACAAGAUUUCUUGUCCUUGCUUGAAAUGUAGUAACACGGAGGGAUUUUCUGUUGGAGUUAUUAAGGAUCAUAUAUUUUGGAAUGGUAUUAACGAAAGUUAUAAGCAUUGGAGGUGGCAUGGGGAAGCUGCUACAUCUGCUAUGAAUGACAAUAGAGUUGAAUCUGAAACUGUAGAUUGGGAACCUGGGAUGGGGGAGAAUAAUUGGGGCUUUGGGGAAAAGGAUGGGGAUCAACCUUUGUACCCUGGUUGUACGAAGACAACCAAGCUGAAUGGUCUGAUUCAGACCUUCAAUUUGAAAGCAAAGCAUGGAAUGACCGAUGCUUGCUAUUCAGAUAUGCUUAUCAUGAUUGGGGGUCUGCUUCCUGAAGGGAAUCAGGUUCCUUUGUCUUUGUAUGAAGCGAAAAAGACACUUAGUGCUUUAGGGAUGGAGUAUGAAAAAAUUCAUGCAUGUCCUAAUGACUGCAUCUUGUAUAGACAGCAGCAUGCAGAUGCACUCAUCUGCCCCAACUGUGGUGUUCCAAGGUGGAAAUUGGGUAGGGAUAAAACUGUGAAAGAAGGGAUACCUGCAAAGGUUUUAUGGUACUUUCCACCAAUCCCAAGGUUCAAACGAUUGUAUCAAUCGACCAACACAGCUAAGAAUCUUACUUGGCAUGAGUUUGGUAGAAAGAAAGAUGGAAUGAUGCGACACCCAGCUGAUUCUCCUACUUGGGAAUUACUUGACAAGCAAUAUCCAGAAUUCAGUAGCGACCCUAGAAACCUCAGACUAGCUCUAUCUUCUGAUGGAUUUAACCCGCAUAGUUCUCUAAGCAGCAAGUAUUCUUGUUGGCCAGUUAUACUGGUCACAUAUAACCUUCCUCCAUGGCUUUGUAUGAAGAGGAAGUUUAUGAUGUUGACAUUGUUAAUAUCGGGACCAAAGCAACCUGGUAAAGAUAUUGACAUCUACUUGCAGCCAUUAAUAGAUGAUCUGAAAAUAUUGUGGGAUGGGGUUGAGGGAGUAUACGAUGCACUAAGAGGGGACUACUUCAAAUUGAAAGCGGUGCUGCUGUGGACUAUUAAUGACUUUCCCGCAUACGGGAACUUGUCUGGUAGCAUUGUUAAAGGAUACAAUGCUUGUCCAAUAUGCCUUGACCAGACUCGACCUCAUAGGUUGAAGAGAGGUAAAAAAAUGGCAUUCAUGAGGCAUCGCAGGUUCCUACCUAGACAUCAUCCGUAUAGGAAACAGGCUGCUGCUUUUUACAACACCAUAGAGGAGGACCUACCUCCUCUACCAUUAACCGGAUAG